AUGGGAGGAGGCGAGAGGGAGAGGGAGAGGGAGAGGGAUGGGGGUGAGGAGGAGCAGCAGAAGCGGUCGGAGAUCUACACGUACGAGGCCGGGUGGCACAUCUACGCGAUGAACUGGAGCGUGCGGCGGGACAAGCGGUACCGGCUGUCGAUCGCCAGCCUUCUGGAGCAGUACUCGAACCGCGUGGAGAUCGUGCAGCUGGACGACGCCACCGGCGACAUCCGCGCCGACCCCGCCCUCGCCUUCGACCACCCCUACCCCCCCACCAAGUCCAUGUUCGUCCCCGACCGCGACUGCCUCCGCCCCGACCUCCUCGCCACCUCCGCCGACUUCCUCCGCAUCUGGCAGAUCCACGACGACGACGACGACGGCCCUGGCCCCGACCCCGACCCCGAUCAUGACGACGACGGAGACGGAGACGACGACGACAACAACAACAACAACAACAACAACGCCGGAGGGGGGGAGGGGUUCGGGGGCGGCGGUGAGCUGCGGGCGGUGCUGAACGGGAACCGGAACUCGGAGUUCUGCGGGCCGCUGACGUCGUUCGACUGAACGAGGCGGAGCCGCGGCGUGGGGACUCGUUCGAUCGACACGACGUGCACGAUCUGGGACAUCGAGCGGGAGGCGGUGGACACGCAGCUGAUCGCGCACGACAAGGAGGUGUACGACAUCGCGUGGGGCGGCGUGGGCGUGUUCGCGUCCGUGUCGGCCGACGGGUCCGUGCGCGUGUUCGACCUGCGCGACAAGGAGCACUCCACCAUCAUCUACGAGUCCGCCGACCCCGCACCCCCCGACGCCCCGCUGGUGCGCCUCGGCUGGAACAAGCAGGACCCGCGCUACAUGGCCACCGUCAUCAUGGACAGCCCCAAGGUCGUCGUCCUCGACAUCCGCUUCCCCACCCUCCCCGUCGUCGAGCUCCACCGCCACCAGGCCGCCGUCAACGCCAUCGCCUGGGCCCCCCACAGCUCCUGCCACAUCUGCACCGCCGGCGACGACGCCCAGGCCCUCAUCUGGGACCUCUCCUCCAUGGGCACCCACCACCACCACCACCCGAAGCAGCAGCACCACCACCACCCUCAGACCAGUGAGGGCGGCGGCGGUGGCGGCGGCCUCGACCCCAUCCUCGCCUACACGGCCGGGGCCGAGAUCGAGCAGCUCCAGUGGUCCUCCACCCAGCCCGACUGGGUCGCCAUCGCCUUCGCCAACAAGCUCCAGAUCCUCCGCGUCUGA